UAAUAGCAACAAUGCACCAUUUCAUUCUGCCAUCAAAUAGUCAAAAACGGACACCAACGUCAAGACCGCCUUCAGAAGCGCCAGAUACACCCAAGCCAGACACCAUUGGACAUGUUCCAGUUGCCUCCCCAUUAAUUUCGAAAGACAUACCAAAGCGGCAACAUGACACAACACCGAUACCGAUUCGGUUUACGGUACCUUCUGAUCGAUCAGCAAACGAAGUUGUCAGCCCAACACCUGAUCGCACAUCGUGGGCCACCCCUGGGUUCAAGAUACCAGGUGAUGAGUCUGGCCUGGUUCAGGAGCGGCGGAGAAGUAGGAAAGGACUCCUUGGUGGAGGAUAUGCAGAUCGCUUGUCAUCUCUUGUUUUCCGAGACAAGUCGGAUGCCAUUAUGUGGCUCCAUAUGCUGAAGCGACGAGAUCAGUAUAUCCUGCAUCCCACCUCUCGACUACGGGUUCUUCGAACAUGGAAGACGCCGGGACUUGCUGUCCUAUGGUGUGAAUGUACCAUUCUUGAUCAAUCAAAUCUCCCAUCGGUUGACAGUGGGGAGGUUUGUUUUGUGGGGUUUCGGCAUUGUGUGGAGUUGUAUAGCCUGUCUGGAGGACACACUGGCGCCGUCAAAGCUCAGGACCUUGUAGACGUAUAUGAGGCAUUUGACAAUAUGCAGUGCACAGGGACGGAGGAUGGCCAGGGAGUCCUACGGGGAAAGCGGUUGUUUUUGUGUACACGGUAUAUCAUAAUUGAUGAACAAUGUCUGUACCCAGUGUAAUGAGAGCACUGCAUAUCCAAUC